AUUUACUUUGCGCUAUGUUGGUUUGGUCUCUUGGAUCCAGGCUUCAUUCCACGGAACUGGAGCGGCUUGAUUGCAGCGGGCAAUUUUGCGGGCUUGUUAGUAUCAACACUUGCUUUCGUUAAGGCUUAUGUGUGCCCUUCCCAUGCGGAUGAUCGAAAAUUUAGCGGGUCUUCUAUCUACGAUUUCUAUAUGGGUAUUGAGUUGAACCCUCGAAUUGGCAAAAGCUUUGAUUUCAAACUUUUCAGCAAUGGACGCCCAGGAAUGAUUGCUUGGACUCUAAUUGCUGAUGUGAAAUCUCUACAGCAAUUUUUCAAAUAUGGCUUAUCAGUACCAGAUCCAGCAGCACUAAGUAUCCUUCAAACUUUGUACGUGGUGGACUUUUUCAUCAAUGAGUCCUGGUAUCUACGCACCAUCGAUAUAGCUCAUGAUCAUUACGGCUUUUAUCUCGCAUGGGGCUGCUUCUGCUUUUUGCCAAUGACAUAUACAAUUCAAGGACAAUAUCUUGGAUUGUAUCCUUCGUCAGCUUCGAAUACUUAUCUGGCUGUUGUUUUUACUAUCGGGGUAUUGGAUACGUCAUGUUUCGCUCUGCCAACAACCAAAAGGACAAUCUCCGCCGGUCGGAAGGUCGAUGCUUGA